AUGGGUGACGCGCGCUCCAUCGUCUCUGAGCCUCCGAAGGACAGCAACGUCGUCGCAGUAGACGCGUAUGCUCUUGUUCAAGCCAUCCUUGGCCGCACGGCUGAGAAGGCGCGGAGCGACUCUGACCGCACCGAGACACUUGACUACGACGACCUUCCAGACCUCCGCAGCGACAUGAUGCUCUCAACCUUUGAUGACCGUGGCCCUCGCCCUGACCAGCAACCAAAGAAUGUCAGGAUCGGAUGCUGCAACCCCUAUGCCCUUGUCGAGGCAAUGCUCGGCCGACGUAUUGACCGCAAUUCGGUCAACGCGUCGACCCUGAUAUCUCAGGUCCUACAAACCGACUACGACGAGCUGUUUGACCUGAAGAACAAGUCUGUGCUCUACGCCGGCCUACAGCUCAACGAGAAGGAGCGCAUUGCUUCACAGCUCACCGAGAAGGACAUCCACCUUCUCAACGAGCGUGAUCUCAUGACGCCCGACUUGUCUCGGGUCCAGCGUCUUCAGGACCUGGAGCAGAUUGGUCUCAAGGAUCUGAACCAGGUGCAAGUCAAGCAUGCUCGGAUCCAGAACGGAAAGAUCCGCCUGGUGAUCCAGGCCAAUGCCAAUGGCAACCGCGUCGCCCGUCAAGUGUCCAACCGGGAGCUCACGCGGACCAUGAACGAGUUCAUGACGCCAUUCCGGAUCCGCAGCAAGGACGACGAGAACAUGCCCGGCCGUGACGAGAACGAGUGGUCUCCCCCCAACGCAUCGUGGCGCGACAUGUACGACUACUUCUUCCAGAGCGUCAAUCGCCGCCUCGUCAACGAUGUGACCAACUUCUCCAUCGGCGACGGAAGGCGCCGUCCCAUGCACUUCUUUGACGACCCGACCCAGGGCGCGUCCACCAACAGCUGGCUCAUCGCCGCCAUGUUCUCCGUCUUCUGGGCCAGCCCAGCCUCCAUCAACCGCGCCACGCGUGUGCACCCGCACAACGAGCGCCUGGAGGACGACAACGAGGGCAACCGGCGCCGCCACACCCUCCGCGUCCGCUUCCACGACAAGGGCGGCAACAACAACAACAAGACCGAGACGGUCGAGGUCAACUACGAGAUCCCCAUCACCAACUCCAACAACGAGCCCGUGUUUGCGCGCGCCUCGGACGGCACCGACAUCUGGCCCUCGCUGUACGAGAAGGCCUUCGCCAAGUGGAUCCUGGGCAGCAGCAACAGGAACGAGCACCACCCGGACAUCACCUGCACCCACUCCGGAGACCCCAUCAAGGCCAUGGCGCAGAUGAACGGCCGCGACCCGCAGUACUUCCGCUGCGAGAACCACAACCCCAACGAGCUGCUCGGCGUCGUCCGCCAGAACUGCGUGAACAACAAGACCAUCAACCCCAUGUGCGCCUGGACCCACGCCACCGGCCACAUGUACCGCGGCAGCAACCUCGUCGCCAACCACGCCUACUCCAUCUGCGGCUACGCCGUCGUCGGCGACAGGCAGUACAUCGUGCUGCGCAACCCCUUCGGCGUCACCGAGCCCGCGGGCCUGACCAGCUACCCGGGCCUGCUCACCCGCAUGGACCCGGAGCUGUGGCAGCCCGCCGAGCUGCUCGACCAGGGCGGCCUGUUCGCCCUCGAGACCCGCUCCUUCAAGGAGUGCUUCCAGUACAUGGGCUGCGCCAAGUGA